AUGGCCAUCCCGGAAUAUGCCCACCUGCCCACAUUCGACAUCACCCCCGCAGCUCUUCUAGGCUACGCCCACCGGCUGGUCGAGAAGGUUCGAGUGGAGGUUGAUAAGCUAGUCGACUCCGUCUGCGUAGGGAGCGCCACCUUUGACAGUGUAGUACAUCCUUUAGCAGAUCUGGAUAAUGAAUUCAAGUACGACGUUCAGUACAUCGCACUAUUUCAGUCUGUCGCCCCGUCGCCUGAUCUUCGCAAAGCAUCGUCAGAAGCAGUGAACCUGGUGAAUCAGGCGUACCUGGCUCUGUUUCAAGAUGAACCUCUCUUUGCUCUCGUCGACGCCGCGUAUGGCAGAACCAAUGAUAUCCCGGAUGAAGAAUCCACCCGGCUCUUGGCCCGGUUUCAUCGCAUGUUCGUGGAUAACGGCCUCCAGCUGGUCGGGGCGAGCCGUGAGCGGUUCAAGUGGAUCGCGAAGCGACGGCUUGAACUGCGAAAUCAAUUCAUGGAUAAUAUUGCCAGUGAUCCUGGUAGCUUGUGGAUUCCUACGGAGGCGCUGGAAGGACUGGAUGAUCAUAUGGUCAAGAACCUCGAUGGUGAUCAGCUUAAGCGCAUUCGUCUCGACCGGCCGACAGUCAAUGCCGUCUUGGGAAAAUGCAGUGUGGCGCAAACCCGGCGAGAUGUGUUUCUGAGCAGCCAGUCCAUUUACCCAGACAAUGUCGAUUUGUUCCAGGAGACCAUUCGUCUGCGAGAUGAAGCAGCCCCCCUACUAGGGUUUCCGUCGUUCGCUGCGCAGCAGCUGCGACAUCAGCUGGUCAAGUCCCCUAGUGCGGUCCAUGACCUCCUCGAGAACCUUGCACACAAACUGCAGCCGAUCGCGUCCCGGGAGCUGCAGGCGCUGCGGAGCUUGAGUGGCUCGGAUUUGCAUCUCUGGGACUUUGAAUACUAUCACCGCCGCCUGCUGCAAGAAAAGUACCAAGUCAACCACGAUCUCAUCUCGGAGUACUUUCCUGCGGAAUACACGAUUCAGCGAAUGCUCAGCACGUUCGAGAGAUUAUUCGGUCUGUCCAUCACUGAGGUUGAAGAAAAGUCCGACCGACACGUAUGGCAUCCGGAGGUGAGAGUGUUCACGGUCCGCGACCAGGACUCUUCCCUCCUGGGCUAUCUCUAUACCGACAUCUACCCUCGGCCCGGCAAGUACAACCACGCGGCCAACUUCAACAUCCACCCAGGAUUCCGCAAGAAAGAUGGGUCGCAAUCGCCAGUCGCCACGGCCCUCGUGUGCAACGUAUCGCCCGCUACGGCCGACCUUCCUGCACUUUUGCAGCACAGAGAAGUGAUCACCCUCUUCCACGAGCUAGGUCACGGAAUCCAUGAUCUUCUAGGCAAAGCCAAGUACGCUAUAUUCUCCGGCCAUCGAACCGUGCGAGACUUUGUGGAGGCGCCGAGUCAGCUGCUCGAGUAUUGGUGCUGGGUGCCAGAGUGCUUGCAGCAACUCAGCUGCCAUUACUCUCACCUACCCGAGUACAGUGAGCGAUGGUCGGAUGCUGCAAAGGGUGCAAGGCCACCCAAGGAGAUACCGGAGAGCCUCGUCCAGGGGCUCGCCGCCGUGAAGCAAGUCAAUCAGGGGAUCCUAACAUUGAGACAGGUCGCGUUCAGCAAAUUCGAUAUGCAGAUCCAUGACCACUGUGCCAGUUCCACCUCGACGCCCAUUGCGGAAGUCUACAACUCCCUGCUUCAAGAGAUGACCCUCCUUCAGGGCCCGGGAGGAUGGGAUUGGGGCCAUGGAUAUGCCACCACUUCCCAUUAUAUGUGGGGACAAGAAGCCAACUACUACUCCUACCUGUACACGCGCACCCUGGCGGCGGAUAUCUGGGCGUUCAACUUCCGCAACGACCCCAUGAGCGAAGAAGCUGGACUCCGCUAUCGACGGAUGAUCCUGGCAAAAGGCGGCAGUGUAGACGAGUUCGAGCUUCUCCGGGAAUUCUUGGGACGGGUUCCCUCAGCGGAGGCAUAUUUGCAAGAUCUAGGUGUAGACCCGGCGUAG